AUGUCUAAACUCAACACCCUGUUCAUGGUAGCCCUCCUCCUCUUCUUCACGCUAACGUGUGCCGCUCGUCCUGAGCCUUCUCUGGCCACAACCCAGAUUGGGGUUGAUGGGGCAGAGAACAUUGAGGCUGAUGAAGCAUGUGAAGGUAUGGAGAAGGAAGAAUGCUUGAUGAGGAGAACUCUGGUGGCUCAUACUGAUUAUAUCUAUACCCAGGAGCACAAACCAUGA